CAAAAUGAAUCCGAAUAAACAAUCAAAAUUUGUCUCCUUGGAGAGUGUGAAAGCCAGAAAUAAGAUGUACGUGCGAUCACGACAUUGACAAAGAAUUGCACGUUGGUGGUUGCCCACUGCACUCUCCCUUUCAUCCUUCAACCUUUACUACUUCAAUCCCACAUUUCAUAUAUUUCUCACAAUCCCAUUGCUUGCAAAAACCCAAUUUCCAUUUGAAGAAAUCGGUUCUUUAUUCAAUCACAAUUAAGAUUCAGAUGAGGACUUUGUGCCCAAACUUGGAUAGAGAAGAUGGGCUGGAUACGGUGCUUGAGGUGCCCAUCCCAGAAGAGAUGUUUGGUUCUAACAAGAAUCGAUCUUGGCAAACCAUGAAAUCUUGGAUGAGAUCGCAUACUGAAAGAGCACCGCAGGUCACUUCUGUAUUUGGAGGACGGACCACGGAAAUCCAGUUCUUGCUUGGUGUUAUUGGAGCCCCUUUGACCCCUCUUCCUAUCCGUUGUGAUCAAACUGUUGUUAAUGACAACAUUAAAGAUCAUCCCAUCGAGGCUUCAAUGGCGAAAUAUAUAGUGCAACAAUACAUAGCGGCUGCAGGAGGAGAAUUCGCAUUGAAUUCGAUUCAUAGCAUGUAUGCCAUGGGGAAGGUGAAGAUGGCCGCAUCAGAAUUUGUAGCUGGAGAGCAUUUGAGUUUGAACAAUAGUAAGGCUAUGAAAAUGUGGGAGUGGGAGCAUGCACCAAAUAAUUAUUCACCCAUUCUCUUAUGUUUCGUCUUUAUGGAGCAAAUAACCAUGUCUGGCUACGUUUAA